UAAUAACCGACAUGAGCAGUCAGCCCUGGAUCGAACAUGGUCUGCCGCUGGGUGACUGCGAACGCUGGUAUCAAUCGAGGUUAAGUACUGAGUAGUCAACAUUGAUACAUACAUAUGCAUUCUCUCCAAGGCUUCUUUCACCACUUCCCUCUCCUUGGACUCUAUCAUAUGCUUGUUUGCGUACUCCGGCGUUUCAAGCCUGUGCUCCUUCCUUCCUUAUUGUACCACCAUCUCACUUGACUCUUGAGCGCUUUCCUUUGUCGUCCAUCUACAGUCGUCCUCUCAUUUGUCACCUUCGAGCCCAUCGUCAAGACACUCGUACCCACCACUUACCUCGACCUCACCACAUUCGUUCUUACACUCUACCAAUUGUGAAGCCGCCAUUCAUCUACAUCAUGGCGUCGCUCGAGGGCCACCACCAUGGCCGCCCAAAAUAUAACCCUCACGUUGCCAACCUGGUCAACGAAUCCAUCUCCAGUCUGGCGCCCUUCGCCGCCCUCAUUCUCACCGUAACCCUCGUCAUCUUCUUCCUCGUCCGCUUCUACCUGCUCGAGUCCUGGUUGAUACCCAAAUACUACAAGUGCUACGCCGGCCUCAACGAAGUCAACCGCAGAGGCUUCGUCAAUCACCACAUCGCUGGCAUUGUCAAGAUCAUCAUGGCCAUCGUGGGCGCCUACCCCUUCUUCUCCAUAGCUUUCGGGCACGCGACAGUGCGGACACCCUUUGGAGGCUCCAAAAUAGUGACUCUCGGCGAUGUGCUACUCGUCCUCAACCAAAUCUUCAUCGCCAUGUACGUCUUUGAGCUCUUGUUCCGCGCCAAGUUGUCCCCCGUUGCCGUGCUGCACCACAUCGGCGCGGUUAUCAUCGCUCAGAGCGCUGUCGCUAUAAGCUUGAACUGGCAUCAUGAACGCGACGCCAUGAUAGAAUUCAUGCUGUGCUUCGUAUGGGGCUUCUUCGACAUUGUCGCCGAAUUCUGGCCUCACGUAGCCAUCAUCCAAUACCGCAUCUACCCCGAUGCCCACGCCUUCCUAAAAAAGGUCUUCCGCUUCUGCUGCAUCUCCACGUUCGCGGGCACAGUCAUCGAAACCAUCACCGUCAUGUGGCUCUUUGGCUCGUUGUGGAAUCGCUGGUCGCUGUCCUUCAAAGUCGUCACCCCGCUCCUGCACGUCGUCUUCAGCGCCGCGCAGCUGUGGGGCGCAUGGAACUUUAGAUGCAUGUGGUUGAAGCAGAAAAAGCUCGCCGAAGGGGGGAAGAAGGACGAGGAGGCGCGGCCAGCGUCGUCGAGUACGAGUAGCGAGGGUAGUGGAGGUUCGACGUUGGUGGAGGGUGGCGAUGCGAGGUUGGAAGCGAGCGUGGUGUAGUCGCUCACUCUUCUAUUUUUCCCUUAAUGUUUUGUUAUUUUAGCGAUUGCAUUUUUUUUUCUGGAUUUAUGGUGGCUUGACUCUUGUUGGGCGUUUUGGACGCGGCGUUUGUGGUGAUAUUCGACGGUGGAUGGGUGUCGACAGUUGUCGUGGAAGGCGUCAGGGACUUUGCAUUUGCAUCGGUGCGCGGUCUUGAGCAAGGCUUUUGA